AGAAAAACAAAAUAUUCACAAAAAUUUUAAAUUUGCAAAAUAUUUAUGUUUAAAGUCGUCCAAAAACAUCCAAAACGGCUAGUAAAGUUAAUUAACUGGAUGUAAAAGAACAGUUAAUCAACUAAAAUGCUAUAAACUAUUGAUUUAACAAAAUAUAACAUCAACAAUGGAUGUAUCAGAGAAAAAUAAAAAUUUCUUCGUUGAAAAUGUCAGAAAAAAUAGAAUAGACAGGCUGCAAGAGAAGGAAAAGGAACAAAAGAAGCAGUAUGCAGCACUAAUAAUCCAACGAAACUAUCGUGGAUAUAAAGCAAGGAAGAAUUUUAAUGAUACGAUUCUACAAAACUUUAAUAAUGUAAUACCUAAUGUUACAAUCACUGACGAUGAAAUAGAAGUAAAGCCAAAUCUACAAGCUUUUCAUGCAAUUUCACGAUAUCUCCUCAUUUGGAAGCCUGAUAAGUAUGAUCAGAAUCGUGAGAACUGGGAAAGGAUAUGUAGAUAUCUCUUGGCAAGCGCUAAUUCUGAAUCCCUAAAGUUAAAUUAUGUAGCUGUUGCAUUAAACAAAGAUCAGAGCUUAUCAUGGAUCAGACACAUUAAACAAAUCCUUUAUAUUUGCUGUACAGUCAUUGAUACAUUAAAGCCAGAAAUUCAUCAAGAUACAGUCACAUUGGCCCUAAUGCUAAGAACACUAAUCGCUUUUACGUGUCCAAGCGGUUUUGUUAUAUUGAAAAAUAAGCAAUUGGCAGCUAUGAAACCUGCAAUGCAACAAAUUUGUAACAACAUUCUCGGAUUUUUGAUCCAAAAAGGAUUUUAUUUAACAUUAAGAACAAUUUUAAUUAAAGGAACAUGCCGUACUGUCGUUACAUUAAAGCCAAUUUCUUUGAAUGCUGUGAUUAAUCUCGCAAUGAGACCUCUAGUAUUUGGAAACUUUACUGAAAAUAUUCUUUCACAAUUUAUAUGUCAAAUUUUAUCUAUACCCGCAUUAAUCUAUCAACUCGAGCUGUUAUGUCCAGACACCCUCAAAAAUUUCCAAAGUCGAGAGAUUUUUGAAAAAUGCAUGGUCUUGAUGCAUGAUAAAGAUAAUUUUAAGUUCAUAUCUGGGACGCUACAAGGAGCUAAAUUACUGUCAUUGUCAGCAAAUCUCAUACAACUUUAUUAUAUGGAAUCAACAGAAAAGGCACAAGAAUUGGCAUAUCCUCAAAUUGUGUUGACAAUGAAACUUCUUUUUGAGACAAUUCCAGAUACUGUCGAGCAGAAAGGAACGUGUAGUCAAUGGCAUGAGCUUUUGGGAUGGUACAAUGCGAGCAAAUCCACUGAGACUGUAUAUGAGAAUUUAUCGUUAAUUCGAAAGCAGAUUAAUUUAUUAUGGGGACAUAAAUUGACGAAAAUCCUACUUGGAGAUUAUCUAAAGUCUUUUGCUUCAUCAUUAGAAAAGUCGAGUGAUAAAGAAAUGUCUGUUAUUUUAUCGUCAACAACAGGUGCUAGUUCCUCAUCGAAUGUUUUCCUUAAAAAGGCUAUUGAACUAAAAAGUGGCAUAAUCAAUAAAAGUUCGAAAUCAUUCAAGAAGCUCUUUGAUUCACCAGAAGUUCACAGGAUAUCUACAACAUGUGCAAUGUAUUAUGAAGCUUUAAAUACACUACCGCAGUUAAAAUUGGACAUAUUGUCAGGCAUAUGUUACAAUGGAACAAUUUUGAGAGAUUUAUGGAAAUUAAUUAAUUCAUUAGGAAUGAAAAGCUUCAUUGAUCUUAUACGAUAUGAUGACAUAAACAAUUCACCAGGACUACUAUUGCUAUUAUUUUGCGACUCAAUGACCCAUUAUGUUACCAUACUUGAUGACAUUGAGAUGUAUGAGCAGGAGAAGACAUUUUCAAUCCAAGACUACAUUGUCUUGUCACACUUCCUCAACAAUUUACUCUACAAAACUGUCAAUGAUAAUAUUUAUGAUGUAAAAGUUGUUUUUAACUGUCCAUUAUUUGUAUCUAUGCAUACAUUAUUAUUAUGUUUAUAUCGACGUGAUAAUCGGAGACGAUUUGCACCUGAGAAUCAUUGGAUUAUCAAGGACAUCAAACCAGCAUAUUUUCUAAUGGAUCUAGAAAAGGGAAAAAGCAAAUACGCACAAGCACAGCUGUUAUUGCAAAAAAUGCCACAUAUUAUCAGUCAUCAAGAAAGGGUCUCUUUGUUCAGAAAGUAUGUACAGAAUGAAAAGGCUGUUCUAGGUUUGUGUGAUUCAGCAUAUGCUUCCAGUUCAGCUUUAGUAACUGUCCAUAGAGAUAGGAUAGUUGAGGAUGGAUAUAGACAAUUAGCAGCAUUGCCACCGAGAGCUUUAAAGGGAAUCAUAAGAGUACGAUUUAUAAAUUCACAGGGUUUAGACGAAGCUGGAAUUGAUCAGGACGGAGUCUUUAAAGAAUUUUUGGAAGAGACAAUAAAACGUGUCUUUGAUCCGUCUUUAAAUCUAUUUAAAACAACAGCUGAAAACCGCUUAUAUCCUUCACCAACUUCGUAUUUACAGGAGAAUCACUUGCAACUCUUUGAAUUCGUUGGUAAAAUGCUGGGGAAAAUGGUUUAUGAGGGGAUUUUAGUUGAUGUGCCAUUUGCAUCAUUUUUUCUAUCUCUUGUACUUGGUCAGACACAACAAGCUCUGUAUUCAUGCAUAGAUGAACUCUCAUCAUUAGAUAAUGAACUAUAUAGAAAUUUGUCAUUCAUAAAGCACUAUGAGGGUGAUGUUUCAGAUUUAGGUUUAACAUUCUCUGUGGACGAGGACAUAAUGGGAAAAGUUGUCACUCAUGAAUUAUUUCCGAGUGGCAGGCUGACUGCUGUUACCAAUGAAAAUAGGAUCAACUAUAUUCAUAGUAUGGCAUUCUUUCGGAUGCAUACACAAAUUUCGGAACAGUCGACUGCAUUCAUUCGUGGCUUCCGCAGUAUAAUCAAUCCUGAGUGGUUAGCGUUAUUCUCUACAAAUGAACUGCAAAGACUUAUUUCCGGUGACACGAGUCCACUUGAUUUGAAAGACCUUCGGAAACAUACGCAAUAUUUUGGUGGCUACCAUGAUAGCCAUAGACUUAUAAAUUGGCUUUGGGAUAUCCUUGCGAAGGAUUUUACAGAAGAAGAAAGACGAUUGUUUUUGAAGUUCGUGACAAGCUGUUCAAGGCCUCCUCUUUUGGGAUUUUCACAUAUGGAACCUCAGUUCAGUAUAAGAUGCGUAGAAGUAUCGGAAGAAGAAGAUACAGGUGAUACAAUUGGCAGUGUUAUUCGAGGAUUUUUCACAAUCCGAAAAAAGGAGCCAGCAAUUCAAACGAGAUUACCAACAAGUUCAACGUGUUUCAAUCUUUUAAAACUCCCAAACUACCAAAAAAAGAGCAUAUUGAGAGAUAAAUUAAGGUAUGCCAUCACAAGCAACACAGGAUUCGAAUUAUCAUAAAGAAAAUCUUCGUGAAAAAAAAAACAUAAAUUGAGUUUACUCUGUGAUAUAAAACAAAAAGAAGUAGGAGAAGAAGAAGUGGAUAAAAGAUACAUGUUGCUUGCUUCACAAAAAAAAUAUUGCUUGGUGUUAUUCAUUCCUCGUUUAUUAGGAGAACGUGAAAAUGAGAAAGUAUGUAGGAUAUUUGUUUUAACUUUGAAUGUUUGACGAAUUAUGCACGGUUCGUUUCACGAGUAUAUAUAAAAAUGAAACAAAAUUUAUAUUAUUCUAGCUAUUUAUGAAAUGUAAUGUUUGAUAUAUGUAAUAUAUGAAUAAAUACAAAAUGAGAUAAAACAGAUUGAUGUGGCUAGGGAUGAAAUCGUAAUACUAUUGGAUU